AUGACGUGGACUGCAGCUGCAGGCGCGAUCCAACCUGAUGGUAACAACGAGCCAACAGGUUCCAGCCCUACAAGUAUAAAUAGCUACGAGGUCUCACCCAAAAUAGAUCUCUACGAUGCGAGCUUCCUCUCUCCCUCACACAGCGUAGGGUUUGGUUGCACCAUUGAAAGGUGGCAGGCAGCCCAAAGCAACCCUGAUCCUGGACCGCAUAAAGUAUCAACAAACGCCACUUUCUGCGGUGUCUCUGGCUUCCUCCACGGCGAUCACUUCAGCCAAGCUUCUCGAUUGGAUCGCGAUUCGUAUUGA